UCAGCUGUGUUGUUCCGCGUCGUGUGGAGUGUCGCAUCUCAACUCAACUCUCCAGAUCAAAAUGACAGUUCUCAUACCGUCUGUAAAAUAAGAUUUUGUUAUCAAAUUCUCUUGUACUUACGAACAUCGUUUUCUUGUAUCACGAUCAUUGUUGCGUCAUAGCAUUGUUAUAUUAUUUUCUGUUUAGUACUCUGUUUAUCUAACAUGACAGAAAUGGGUGAGAAGUACAAUAUCAAGUGUCCUGGUGUGAAACGCCUAAUGAAAGAAGCGCUGGAGUUAGCGGAGGCCACUGAAGAAUAUUGCGCACGUCCUCUAGAGGACAACUUGUUUGAGUGGCACUUCACCGUUCAGGGUCCCAAGGGCACCGACUUUGAGGGCGGCAUCUAUCACGGUAGGAUAUUAUUGCCCAAAGAAUAUCCUAUGCAUCCCCCUCAUAUAAUACUAUUAACGCCAAACGGGAGAUUCGAAGUAAACAAAAAGAUAUGUUUAUCAAUAUCUGGACACCAUCCUGAGACUUGGCAACCAUCUUGGUCGAUUCGGACUGCUCUUUUGGCUUUAAUUGCUUUCAUGCCGACUCCUGCUGAGGGAACUAUAGGGUCACUGGACUACACUCCUGCAGAACGUAAAAUUUUAGCUAAAAAAUCAUCAGGCUGGUCAUGCCCUCAAUGUGGAGAAAUAGCAAAGCUAUUGUCAUCAACUGCAGCCAAACCAUUGACAGAGGAAGAGCAGUCAGUAUUAAACCAAAUUGCAUUUAAAGGUGAGGAUGAACAGACACAGAAACCACCUGAACCUGAACCAGCUCCUGAGCCUGAAGUUCAAGCAUUGGAGUCCACAGAGCCUAGUACUAGCUUUUUAGAUCAACUCACAGAGAUCCUGGUUGCUCUUUUGGUUGGGGCCAUAGGGAUUUUUAUUUACCGACGUUGGAAAGCAUUUGAACCUGUAGGUGAAACUGAGCUGUAAUGCCAGAGUCAAAUCCAUCAGAUCUUAGGGCCUAAGAACACUUUGGAAUUAUUUUAUUGCUAUAUAGCAAAAUUAGUGUUUUGCAAAAAUAAAUUAUUUGAUAAUGUACCUACACUUUUAUUGUUUCAAUUUAAAAAGUGAAUGGUUUUGUAUGUGUGCCUUAACACUAAAUAUAGAGGCAUUCAUCAUUAAUUAUAAUAAGGUUAAACCUUAUGCAUUAAAUUAAUUUGUCAUGCACUUGAUAUUAUAGCUUAUGUCAUCUCAUCAAUCAUUCUUAACUUAACUACAUAAGUGUUUUGUUUUGUAGGUUUAUUAAAAAAAUCUAUUCCUAAGUUGUAGAUUAGUAUUUAUUGAAAUUACUGAAAAUAGUAAAAUAAUUUUGUGGCAUUCCAAAAAGUUAGCUGAUAAUGAUAAGGUUUUAUAUCUACAUUGGAAAUUUGUUUAAUUAUAACAUAACAAAUAGGUUAAGGAACAUAAUUUUUAUCUUAGGUUAAAACUAUCACAAAAUAAAUUUGUGUACAUAUUUACAUGUAUUUUCAUCAAAUCAUUUAAUAUGAAAAUCGUUAUACAUAUUUUUGUUUAUCUUGACUAUAAAAUAUUAAAAUGUA